CGCGGAACAGGUGAUGGCGGCCCGGCUGCUGCUGGCGGCGCUGAGCGCGGCGCUGGGUCUCUUCGCCUCGGCGGGGAAGAUGAAGAUCGUGGAGGAGCCGAAUACGUUCGGGUUGAAUAACCCAUUCUUGCCUCAAACAAAUAGGCUACAGCCAAAGAUGUCCCCGUCUGCAGUAUCAGGCCCUGCACAUCUCUUUAGGCUUGCUGGCAAGUGUUUCAGUUUUAUGGAAUCCACGUACAAGUAUGAGUUCUGUCCAUUCCAUAAUGUCACUCAGCAUGAGCAGACUUUUCGAUGGAAUGCCUAUAGUGGGAUUUUAGGAAUCUGGCAUGAAUGGGAAAUUGACAACAACACAUUUAUUGGAAUGUGGAUGAGGGAAGGAGACUCCUGUGAAACCAAGAGCAGACAGACAAAGGUUCAUCUUGUUUGUGGAAAGAGCAAUAAAUUGGCUUAUGUGUCUGAGCCAAGUACUUGUGUUUACUCUCUGACAUUUGAGACUCCUCUUGUGUGCCAUCCCCACUCACUUUUAGUUUAUCCAACUCUGUCUGAAGCACUGCAAAGGAAGUGGGAUGAAGCAGAGCAGCUUCUGUACGAUGGACUAAUAACUGACCAGGGUUACAAAAAAAUUCUGAAAGAGAUUUUUGAGGAAGCAGGACUUCUAAAAGCAACAGAAGAAAAUGAAGUUGAAAAACAUAGUAAGAAAAUAACUCUGGAAUUUGAAACAGUGGAAAAAUGCAGUAAGGAAUACAAGCAACUUUCUGAAGAAAUAAAGAAACUUAGAGUUUUAUUAGGUCAGCAUGGUAUUGCAUACAAAGGAAAUUCUGCUGGAAAUACCGGUGUUGAGUAUGUAAGUCACCAACUGGCAUCUGCAUCGAUGGCAUCAGUUCUUAAUGGGUCAAAGGAUGAUAAGCAUCUGCAUGGCAAUACAAGAAUUUGGAAUUACACUGUAUGAAGAAACUUGGGUGGUACAGAAUAUAAAUUAAAUUCAACGUGUAUUAUGCAAAAAAGAUGA